CAAGACAAAACACUAGUGCACACACAGCAAUUAGGGUUUUACAAAGCUUUUGAAGCCCCGCCCCUGAAAAACUGAAUAGGAGAGGUUAAAGCGACGGCGUAUUAGCUGUCCGCCUUGACAAAGCCCUAGCUUUAUCUUGGCCCUCAAUAGUUUACAUCUCUUCAAUUCAAAUUUAGGGUUUGUUUAUAAUUGUGAUAGAAUGGCACCGAAAGCAUCGAAAGCCGAUAAGAAGAUUGCUUAUGACGCAAAGCUGUGUCAACUUCUUGAUGAGUACACGCAGAUCUUGGUGGCUGCUGCUGAUAAUGUGGGCUCCAAGCAGCUUCAGAAUAUCCGAAAGGGUUUGCGUGGUGAUUCUGUUGUGUUGAUGGGGAAGAAUACUAUGAUGAAGAGGUCUGUUAGGAUUCAUGCUGAGAAGACCGGCAAUGAGGCUUUUCUUAACAUCAUUCCACUGCUUGUUGGCAAUGUUGGACUGAUCUUUACUAAGGGGGAUUUGAAGGAAGUGAGCGAGGAGGUUGCCAAGUACAAGGUUGGAGCUCCUGCGCGUGUUGGUUUGGUUGCUCCUGUUGAUGUUGUUGUGCCACCAGGGAACACUGGUCUUGAUCCAUCUCAGACAUCCUUCUUCCAGGUGCUUAACAUUCCGACUAAGAUUAACAAGGGUACUGUUGAAAUUAUCACCCCAGUUGAGCUUAUCAAAAAGGGUGACAAAGUGGGUUCUUCUGAAGCUGCUCUGCUUGCAAAGCUUGGUAUCAGGCCCUUUUCAUAUGGUCUUGUUGUCUUGUCUGUUUACGACAACGGAACAGUUUUCAGUCCAGAGGUUCUUGAUAUGACUGAAGAUGAUCUUGUUGCCAAGUUUGCUGUUGGUGUUUCAAUGGUCACUUCCCUGUCACUGGCCUUGUCCUACCCAACUCUGGCAGCCGCUCCUCAUAUGUUUAUCAACGCCUACAAGAAUGUGUUAGCAAUUGCUCUCGAGACAGAAUAUUCAUUUCCUCAGGCUGAUAAAGUAAAGGAGUAUCUUGCGGAUCCUAGCAAGUUUGUAGCUGCUGCUGCACCAGCUGCAACUGCUGAUUCUGGUUCUGCCCCUGCUGCAGCUGCUGCCGAAGAGAAGAAAGAAGAGCCUGCUGAGGAAUCAGAUGAUGACAUGGGUUUCAGCCUGUUUGAUUAAGUUUUGUUUGCAGAACAUGCAAAUCAACUCUAUCGUGUUUUAUUUGCUUUUUGAGACUCAUAAAUUUUCUAGGAUAUGUUUUUGAUCCAAAACGUUUGUAAUGUUUACACCUUUCGAUUUAGGUACCCAAUAUGAAUUCCCAGUUUAGUUUUAA